UGGUGCGGUCCGGGCUGGGACAAUAUGGCUACGGUAUUUCGGCCCCUGGAAAGGUUGCGGGCGCCGCGUCCUUCGUGGCACCCCGGGGUGACAGGCUCGGGCUCUGCCUGCGGCCGCUGCACUCUCGGAGCUAAAAGAUAUCUACUCACCGACAGCAUUGUGAAAUUAAAGGAAUUCCAACAGAAGAAAGUGGCUGUUGCACAUAACCUUCCCAGCACCAAAGCCAUCUAUUUCAGAAGCUUGGAGGAGAAGCUGACCCAGAACAAACUCAUCUUGAAGGAAGAGUUGAAAACAAUGCUGCACUUAUGCCAGUCCCAGGAAGACGUGGGACUGGCAAAAAGUGUCAUUUACAGGUACCAUGCAGAGAACAAAAACUUCACUGUGGGGGAAUACAAGUUUGGACCAGUUUUCAUGAGGUUGUGUUAUGAGUUGGAUCUUGAGGACUCUGCAGUGGAGCUCAUCAAAGACAAGCACUUACGAGGUUUUUUCCCAGACUCCACAUCAUUCAAUAUUUUGAUGGAUAUGUUGUUUACCAAAGGCAAAUAUGAAAGUGCCCUGGAAGUAUUGAUUGAAAUGAAAAACCAAGAUGUGAAGUUCAGCAAAGACACUUACAUCCUUGCUUUUGCAGUUUGCUACAAACUGAAUAGUCCGGAGUCUUUUAAAAUUUGUACAACUUUAAGAGAAGAAGCCCUAAUUAAGGGAGAUGUCCUCCCCAGGAGAGCGUCAUGUUUUGCGGUGGCGUUAGCUCUGAACCAGAACCAAGUGGAAAAAGCCAUGUCUAUUUUUUCUCAAAUCAUGAAUCCAGAGAGUAUAACCUGUGCUAACUUAAACAUUUUGAUCCAUGUCCGGUCAAAUAUGCUGGAAAACCUGAUAAAGAUCUUAGAGGACAAUGUUGACAGAAAUGUAUCCAUAUUUGUGAAAAGACACGCGUUCUCAGAGGAAGUGCUGGCCAAAGUGAGGGAAAAACUGAAGGACAGCCCCACCCUCACAGCCAGAUUCAAUGAGGUCUGUGGGAAGCUGCACAUUAACGGCCAAGUCACCGUGUGCACUCUGGAUUCUAUGCUCUGCCACGUUCCCCGGGACAAGAAACCCAGCACAUUCCUGUUAAAGAAGAGGAUGGUCAGCCAAAGGACCUUACAACCUCUCAGCCAGUCCCUGCUGACUGAGUAACUGUUUUCAACCUCCCAGGUCUGGAGGUGCACGCUGCUUCAGGCGAAUCGUUGGCUUCUCCAAGAUGCCAGGCAUCUCGCCUCAGUGGCAUUAUCCUAACACCUGGUCUCCCUAUGUCCCCUGAGUGGUGACUUGCUGAUCAGAGAUGUGUGAAGAGCUAACUCGAGCAAGGGAAGCUCCGUUACCACAGAAAGGCGGCUUCCCCUGUGUCAGGUGCUCCUGAGUAAGGGUGCAGCCCAGCACCAGCGGGAAACUCAGGAAGAACCUGCAGAAGGAAUUUCCCAUGGCCUGAUUGACCUUGAUUGACCUUUCACAGAGAGAUGUUUUGCAAGUGAUAGCCUCACUGAAGAAAAGAGAUCUGAAACGCUCUUCUACCAUGUUGGGAAAUGGCCAUGCCAUUAUUUCUCCAGCUACAAAAUAAUAUUGCCUGUGUGUGUUCGGGUGACUUGACAUUUUCAUUCAAGGUUCAGUAGCGUUAAUCUUUCUCCAAAAUAAGAAAUAAAAGGUACCUGCACAGA